AUGUCUUCAGAUGAUAUCAAGGUAGAUGAAGUAGACCAAACUGAAGAGAUUGAAUACGAUAUUGACAAAAUAAAGAUUCUCCCUGGAGCAUCAGAGGAUGGAUCGUCAGCAUCAUUCCAAAUUCUAGAUGAGGAUCAUACGCUAGGAAAUGCAUUACGUUAUAUAAUCAUGAAGAAUCCAGAGGUUGAGUUUUGUGGGUACAGUAUACCACAUCCCAGUGAGAAUAAGAUGAAUAUUAGGAUACAAACGUACGGUAACAUUUCGGCAGUAGAAGCUUUACACCAGGGUUUGGACAAUUUAAGUGAGCUUUGUGGAGUUGUUGAAGAGAAGUUUGAGCAAAAGUUAAAAGAAGGUGGAUACAGCACUGAAGAGCCUUAA